UGUGUCUACAGAAUGCGUUACGUGGCCGCUUACCUGUUGGCUGUGCUCGGUGGGAACAACAGCCCCACGGCGAAGGACAUCAAGGCCAUUUUGGGCAGUGUAGGGAUCGAGGCUGUUGAUGAACGCGUAAACAAGGUCAUAAGUGAGCUGCAAGGAAAAAACAUCAAUGAAGUCAUGAAUUCAGGCCUCGCUAAGUUAUCCUCCGUACCAGCUGGUGGUGCUGUUGCAGCGCCUGCUGCUACUGGCGGGGCUGCCAGCGCUGGGGCUGCGCCUGCUGCUGCGGAAGAGAAAAAGGAGGAGAAGAAGGAAGAAUCAGAAGAGUCAGAUGAAGACAUGGGUUUUGGACUCUUUGAUUAA